AUAGUGUGUUUGACAUCGUGAGAAUUAGAAAAAGGUGUUUCUUUUCCUGUAACUUUGGCAUGAUUUUUCUGAGAUGGAGAGAAAUAAAAUGCUUGGAAGUGGACGCAUGAACAAGGGAAAAUGUGCUCUGCCGCCGCACAGCAACGAGCUUUUUGCUCUGGGAAAAGCCCCAACAGCCUCGAAGCCGCUGGAGAGGAAACGGGAGCUUCCAGGGACUUCGGGAUCUUCCUCGGGAUCGCUAUCGAAGAAGGGUCGUUUGAGUGUGGGAAAACCGGUGGAAAAGCCAUCGAGUGAGCUGGAUUUGUGGGAGCAAUCGGUGAUUGAAUGUGAACCUGUGGAGCUGGUGGCUUCUGUCUUUGCAGCAAUUGAUCUCCAGGACAGUGAUACACUGAUUGGACUGCUGUGCGGUGGGAUUAAGCUCAUGGCAAUGUCACGCCAUCAGCCUGACAAUAUCCUGCUACUGUCGUUACUGUAUCUCUCAAAGUUGCGUCCCAAUCUCUUUGCCAAUGAGAUUGUCACGUCAGCAUUGGUGGGAGUCCUUAAGCAGCAGCAGCAACAGCAGCAGGCACUGCAGAGUCAGGGGCCCAGCUUUAUGGAACGCGCCAGAACCAAUAGCCUCGUCCAGGUGAUGGUAACCAAUCUCCUGAUGCGUGGCUAUCACGAUAAAGCUCAAUGGCCAGACAGUUUCAUGCAUCUCUUCAUGGAAGAUGCCAUCAAUGAACGCAUCUGGGUGGACAAUGAUGACUGUCUCUGCUUUGUGGAGAACAUCUGUGCACAAUUUGGCACAAAAGUCCCACCCAAGAAUAUCCUCACCUCAGAAAUCACAACUCUCAAUGUGGCAGGAACUUCAACUGUAAAAGAAACCCUUACAGUCGACGAGGAGUCCUCCGAAUCCAUGCAAAGCAACGACAUGAGAUCCGUCUCUGAGGGUUUAAGCGAUGUAGUUAGAAAGCCCCGAUUCCCACAUAUCGCUGGAACAAUUGAAAAACUCGUAGUGGACACGGUAAAGGAAACUCUGAAUCGUCGACAAUCUCCAGAAUCCUCUACGAAGAACUUCCUGAGAUUCCUCUCUUCAGUCUGCGGAAUUCCCGAGAUACGUGCACAAGCGAUAUCUCGUCUGGAGCUAUGGAUCCAUAGCGGGAAGCUCCUGAAGCCUGCACAGGAACUCCUAGCUUACAUCUGCUUCAACAUCAACGGAAAAGUCGCACGAGAUCACGAAGUCCUGACCAAUCUGGUGAAAAUCCGCCUCAAGACCAAGCAGUCUAUCAAUGUCUACUUGUUGUGCAUCCGUGAAAUGGUGAAGCAGCAGCCGGAUCUCUUGGCCAUUCUGCUGAAGCUCGUUGUUCAGAAUGAGUUGUCCAAUGCCCGAAAUCCAAAUAAUAUGGGAAUGCUGGCGAGCCUCUUUCAAGAAAAACCCAUCGAGACAGCUAAGAGUCUAGCAGAGAUUUACCAGGAAUUCCUUCUUCAGCGCGAGGAUUACUUCCGAACUUUGAGAGUCUUCCUUAGGGAACUCGUAAAAAUGCUACGCUACGAUGUGAAUUUGCAGGUCUUUACAAAAUCUCUGCUGACUUUUCGGGAGGAGAUCAAUUACCAAUUGCGUCACUUUGAGUUCAAGGAGCGCGUUCUCCAGUCUAUUGUAGAUAUUGCCUGCCUCUGCAUUUUUCUGUCAGUCUCUCCCCAAAUCCGGGAAGUUGUGGCUGCUCUGAGAAUCGGAAAGGAAACUCAAUCGAAUUUUAAUCCAAUUCUCAGUGGAUUUUAUGAGCAUGUGGCGGCAAUUCAAUUAGAUACUCUCAUUUGGAUUCACGAGGUUGUGCCCAUUAUCUUCAAGCCCACAUCGCUGGAAUAUACGCAGAUUCUGCACAAGAUCCUGUUUUUGGAUGCCCUUGAGCAGUAUACUAAGAGUGAUCAGUGGCCUCCAGAGCCGGAUAGAGCUUCACUCUUGAGACUAGUUUCGGAGAUUCCCGUGCGCGAGGAUGCACUACUGAGGAUUAUUUAUAUUGGUGUGACUAAGGAGAUUCCGUUUUCGGUUCCUGACACCAUGGAAAUCAUUGAGCAGAUUGUCAAGAGAGCUGCACUGUUCAGAUUCACCGAUUAUGCCACAUUGAGCGUGAAUAAGUUGGAAAUUAUUGAUUUCUUGUUCAGCAUGGCUGAGUAUCAUCAUCCGGACAAUAUUACCUUGCCAGCUGGAUAUGAACCACCCAAAUUGACCAUCAGUGUACUCUUCUGGAAGGCCAUUAAUAUCCUCCUUCUGCUCUCAUCGCACAAUCCGGAGUCCAUUGGGGCAUUUUGCUGGGAACAUUAUCCUCUGAUGAGGACUCUCAUGGAAGUCUGUAUAACCAAUCAAUUUGCCGAAUUGAAGAAGAUCGAGGAGAAUAGUAAGAUUGCGGUGUCGGAAAAGUCUCAAAUUCUUGAAUUUGAAUCCCAUUUGGCUGCUGCAACGUCCAAAGUGAUCAUCACUGAGCAGAAUAGCCUACUUCUGUCACAGCUCAUGCUCAUUGAUCCGAUGGGUGUUUCCAGGAAGCCACCGAGCAUGGUUCUGGAUCAACUCAAACAACUCAAUGUCACUUACAAAUUAGGUCAUUUGCUGUGCAGAAGCAGAAAGCCAGACUUCCUCCUGGACAUUAUUCAGAGGCACGGGACAACGCAAUCAAUGCCAUGGCUGGCGGAUUUGGUCCAGAAUAGUGAGGGGGAGUUUAGUCACUUGCCGGUUCAGUGUCUGUGUGAAUUCUUGCUGUCAAAUUCACAGAUAAAUCUGGAGAAUUUGAGAGAUUUGGAAUUAGUGUCGUAUCUGCAAAAUCUCCUCCGGGUGAUGAGUGAUGAUCCGCAGAUUCCACAAGAAGUCCUUGAUUACUUCCUCAGGAGAUUAUCAUCGACGAAUAAGCAGAAUAGGGAUAUGUCUAUCAAGGGAUUGAAGCUACUGCUGAAGGUUUUUGAGGAUGAUGAUACAGCAUUUGCGCCAAAAGACGAAAAUUCCGAUUGGUUGCUCAAUCAACUGCCCAAAAUUCCCAAUUUCCUCCUUGCCAGGCAGUCCAUCAUUGUAUUCCUGAGGGCAGCGUGCCAGGUGGAGAAUUGUCCACGUCUAAUCAUGCUGUACAUCCAAUUCAUAGCCACGCACACUCUAGAAGAUUCCCUGACCGAGAUGAUUGAAAAUAUCGUGGAUAUGUCCCAGUUGAUUGUUGAACGUUCAACUGUUCUCUGCUACAUUACGCCCAAUCAUCUGGACAAUCUGGCUGAGAUUCGCAUUCAGACUCUCAACUGUCUCUUCGUGAUGUUCAGCAACUACUUCAAACACCUCAAGGAGCAGAAGCAAACAAUCAGCUGGCCAGAGUAUCAGGAUUUGAUCAUGGUGCGCUUCUUUGAUGGAACAGAACUUCCAAUUCAUCUCAAUAUCCUCCAUGCUCUCAUCAUCCUACUCACUUUUUCCGGCAUUCAGGCAAUUGAUAUGGAUGAAAUCAUUGACUACUGGUUCCCACCGAACGCCUACAUUCCCACUGGCGUUCAAAUCGAAACCAUGGAAUCUGUCCAAAUCCUUCCGGAUUGGUUGAAGUUGAAAAUGAUUCGGAGUCCUGUUGAUCGUCUUGUGGAUGCUGCUCUGCAGAAUCUAACCCCAGAUCAAGUUCUCCUAUUCCUCCAGAGUUUCGGAACUCCACUUUUGUCCAUGUCGAAGCUUCUGGCUCUCCUCGAUAGGAUUGUCAUAGAAAAAAGUGACUUUAUUCAGUCGACAGCUCUGCAUCGAACCUACCUGGCUCAGUUGAUAGAGAUCCAGCAGAAUCGAGGCGCAAAGAAUGGCCAUAUUGCCUUUCAGGCCCUUCAAAUUGGUGCUCCGGCCCUCAAGAAAUCCCCUCAACGCACGAGAAAGUCCAUUCCUGACCUCAGCACUCUGGCAAUCGACUACAGAGACAUCCAAUUCGAUCCACUGACAAAGAUUCAAAAGACAGCUGACAUCGAUGACACCCUCAGGCAGGUGAUCCUCAAUAGCAAUAGGGGAUGCUUGAGGAAAUUUAGGAAGUUGAUGCAGCAACUUGUCGCAGGGGAAUCAGUGGAUAAAGUGUGGUUCAGUGUGGGAAAGAUUGUCAAAGGUGUGAAAUUGGAUGCUCAGCGAUGCGCGUAUUUGGGACAAAUCUACAGGAUUCUGCUGAUGACAAGCGGCGGGAAGGGUCAUAAGAUCCCGCAAGAGAUGCUCAAAGAUGGCCUUUAUCAAGUUCUAGCGCAUAAUGAUCCAGAUUUGAGGAGGAAAAUGAAGAUGGAGAAAAAAUUGGAAUCCCCAUGUCAAACGCUGAGGAGAGAAUUAAUCAGUCUGACGGAAUCUCAAGUGAAUGGGAAUGUUAUCAGAUCGUUGAUUCAGAAGAUGUGUGAAGAUAAAUCCUCCCAAAUGGUUGGCAUUUUAGUGGAUUCUCUCGUGGAUCUUGACUCUGAACUUGUAUCCAGGCACUUUGAUACCCAAAUGGAUCUUCUGUUUGGUGCUUCUGAACAUAAAUUUCGCUUCUACUUGUUGAGUCUGCUGAGCCAUCAGACAAAUUGGCGGACCUUGGAAGAUGUCUUGAGGAAGCUUUUGGACACCUAUUCUGAGGCCAAUGAUGCAGGAGCUGUACUGAACUUCCUCUCGUCAAUCAUUAACAAUCCAAAAUUAUGGCAAGCAAGGGACAAUAAGAGUCACAGGGAUUCUGUUGAGAGAAUUGUGGAGAUCCAGAGAAGGCAAAUCCAUGUUCUGGUUGAGUAUGUUCUGAGGGAAGGAGAUGGAAAGAAACUCUGCAGUCGGAUUAACUUUAUCCUGCAGUGCACAAAGCCUGAGAGUAUCACUGAAGUGAUUGAUUGUCUUGUGGCUAGUCCAACGGGAUCCGUUGAGAUACGACAGCAAUUCCUGCAGCAAUUGUAUCUCAAGGUUCCAUUCAUUAAAUUCCUGACUAGCGGAGAGAAGGGCCUUCUGGACAUUUUUGACAGCAAUCUCCAACAAUUUCCGGAAUGUUCAGCUGAUGCCAUAACGCACUGCAUCCUGACGUUCAUAGCGAGUCUUUCGGGUAUCAAGGAGCGCCAAGAGGUGCAGGAGAGCAUUGAGUUGCUAGUGAGAAAAUUAGCUGCAGCUCAUCCGACAAUUGUACUGAGACAAUUGCCAGAGAUUGCAGGACUCCUGAAGGGCCGAGCUGAGAUGGAUUCAUCUCUGUUUCGAGCUGAGAAUCACAUGAUGGUCUUCAACUACUUCUUCGGCGUUCUGGAACUGAUGCAGCCGCAUAUCUUUGCGAAGGAGUAUCAAGUGGACCUAAAUACAAUCCUGACUAGCUAUUUGCAUACCCUGAAACAACAUCAUGCCCACAAUAAGGAAGUUCUUUCCCUUAUCUAUCGCUUUACGGAGUUCAUCGAAGCCUACUUCAACACCAGCAAUGGCCAGGCUUUCCAGUUCAUUGAGACUCACAUGAGAUUCUUCCAGGAUCUGGCACAGAAGAAUCGAAGUGUUCCUGGACUUGGACAAUUGCUGCAAAAUGUCUCCCUACAGCAGCAUCAGACAACAAGUCAGAGUGAAUGUGUCGUGGCUUCAAUGGAUAAACCCCUAAAACUUGUUCUGAAUCAACCAUCAUAUGGGAUUUCUCAUCAUUGGACCAGCAUAAUAAAUCAACGCUCAGAUGACGAAUCCAUUAUUCCAAUCCUCAUGGAAAUGAGCAAUGUGAUGAUAAAGCCAACGACGGAAUUGUCCGAAGCCUACUUUGAGAAACUCCUCAGUUUAACAACCUCCCAUCUAACAUCCCUCCGAGAUACUGGAUACAUUCUCCUGAUUCGCUAUCUGAGAGCCCAUCCUGGGAAUCCUGUCAUCAAUACCAGCGCCACAAAUACCUAUUUCCGCUGUUUGACCUCUGAAAACCUGGCAAUUGUGACAUCUGCGCUGGAUGUUCUCAGCGAGAUGGUUACUUGUCUUCAGGAAUCCGCCCAGGAUAUCCUGCAGUGUGUCUUUGCUAUUGGGGUUUCAUCCAAGCUCAACACUUACGCAUAUUUGAAGAAGUCCAUCGGAGUACUCAAGAUGCAGCACUCUUGUUGAUUACAUAUUCAAUAACAAAAUCUUUCUAUAGCUUUUGGAUACGAAGGAUAUGAAUAAAUAAAGUAUA